GAAGUGUGCAAGUAGGAAUGCUGACCUGGUGAUGGCUUUUCUUUGUAAAAUUCACCCAAAGAAGGGGAAAUUCCUGGUAGCUAAAGCCCAGGAGAUGGGGCUGCCAGUGGGAACUCCAGCCAUCCUUCCCAUAAUUACAGCUCUCAAAAAUGGGGAGAGCAUCACAUUUGAAGGCAAAGAGCUGUUCCCUGAGGAGCUGUGCACCCCCACGGAUCCUGGCCCUGUGUUCCUGGUGCUGGAGUGUCCCCACGAGGGCUUUGUGGAUGCUGUGUGUGAGAACGAGACCUUCCGCAGGUACCAAGAGGAACUUCCUGAGAACCAGGUGGCCUUGGUUAUUCACAUGACUCCUGAGUCAGUGCUCCGAGACAGCCGCUACCAGCAGUGGAUGCAGAGAUUUGGCCCCGGGACUCAGCAUCUGGUGCUCAAUGAAAACUCCUCGGCCGUGCACAACCCGCGCAGCUACAAGAUCCAAACUCAGCUGAACCUCAUCCACCCUGAGAUCUUCCCUCUGCUCACCACCUACCAGAGCAAGGAAGCAGAGGCCAAGUGCUGGGUGCCCAUCGUGCGAGGGGAGUGCCUCCUCAAGUACCACUUCAGGCCACAGCAGGAGUGGCAGAGAGAUGCUGUGACUGUCUGUGAUCACAACACCUUUGUUAGUGAAGCCUUGGACCUCCCUGACUUCCAGACCCGUGUGAAGGAGUGCAAAGAGAGCCUGUCUGCUGUACCAGCAAAUGUGGAUGCUUAUCCUGAAAUUGUGUUCCUGGGAACAGGAUCUGCAAUUCCAAUGAAGAUCCGAAAUGUCAGUUCCACACUGGUGAAUACCAGCGCUAUCCGAUCCCUGCUCCUGGACUGUGGAGAAGGAACCUUUGGGCAGCUGUGCCGUCACUAUGGAGAGCAGGUUGACCAAGUGCUGUGUAACCUCGUGGCUGUGUUUGUGUCCCACAUGCACACGGACCAUCACUCGGGGCUGGUGCACAUCCUGAUGGAGCGAAGGAGAGCUUUUGCAGCCCUUGGUCAGGCUUUCAGCCCUCUGUUUCUGGUAGCACCUGAGCAGAUCAUGCCUUGGUUACACGAGUACCACAACCACUGUGAAGAGAUUCUCGGAGACAUCAGAAUGAUUCCUUCUCAGUCUCUUGUGAAAGGCUGUGAGAACAUCAGACCUAAAGCCAAGGAGUUUGUGAGCUCUCUGUUAGAGAGCUACGACCUGGCUGAGUUUCAGACCUGUGAAGUCCAGCACUGUAAAAAUGCUUUUGCGUGUUCAUUGAUCCACAAAUCUGGCUGGAAAGUAGUCUACUCUGGGGACACAAUGCCCUGCAUGGCCUUAGUGCGAAUGGGUAAAGAUGCCACCCUGCUGAUCCAUGAAGCCACGCUGGAAGAUGGCCUGGAAAAAGAAGCUAUAGAGAAGACCCACAGCACGACCUCCCAGGCAAUCCAGACUGGGAUGAAGAUGAAUGCAGAGUUCAUCAUGCUCAACCACUUCAGCCAGAGGUACGCCAAGAUCCCGCUCUUCAGCGAGGACUUCAGCGACAAGGUUGGAAUUGCCUUCGACCACAUGAGGGUACGUUUCGGUGACUUUCCAACCAUCCCGAAGCUGAUCCCGCCGCUGAAAGCUCUGUUUGCAGAUGACAUCGUGGAAAUGGAGGAACGCAAGGAGAAGCGGGAGAUGCGGCUCCUGAAGGAGACGGCCCUGGUCCUGGACAGACUGACUGGGGGGGAGAACACGGGGGCAGCGUGCCAGAAACGGAAACAGGCCAAGAACCACCAGGAAGUACCAGACAAGAAGCUUAAAACAGUAAAUUGAGAGAGACACGGCUGGGAAUGCUCUGCUCUGAGAGAGAUUCCUUGCUCUCCGCAGGCCUUGGGAGCAUUUGGUGCCGCCGGCACAGCAGGAAAGGGGCUGGCCUUGGUUCUGGGCUUGCUUGGUCAUCAUGGACCUCCCUGGACUGCAGCUCCAGUGUCUGCCAGCAGUGCCAGUCCUUGUGGAGACAGGAUCUGCCACACAGCUCCUGUUCCAGGGGCUCACCAGGCCAUGUGGCAUUCUUCUUUUAGCCUAAAGUUCUUCUCUCUGAGCUGUUUUGAUUUUGAGGUUUAUGCUAUAAGCUAUUGAUAAUGUAACAGCAGCAGGUGUGACCUUUGCAAGAGAUCAGGUGUGAGAGGCCCUGAGGGGCCAUGGAUUUGCCAGAAGACAAUGGGCAGGUCUCAGUGAUAGGGGAUGUAACCAAGUAUCAGAACCCAGGUGACAGGAGGAAAAUUAACAGUAAAAUGGAAUCCAGUUACUUUUUAGUUAAAUUAGGAGUGACGAUACAUCUGUGUUCCCAUUUUAUUUUGGUUUUCUCCACUGAUUUUUUUUUUUUCAAAAGAUCAGUUUUCCAAACCCUUUAUUUAGAAUCUGAAUAAAGCCCUCACUGUCCUCCAGGAA